AUGAAAAUGUUGGAUUCUUCUGAUCGUCUAGCAGCACUUCGUCAGGAAAUGCAAAAACGACACUUGGAUGCCUUUAUCCUACCAAUGGAGGAUAGUCACUUUAGCGAAUACCUCGCCGCUAUUGAUAAACGCAUCGCCUACAUAUCAGGCUUUACGGGCUCUGCAGGCACAGCAGUAAUUACGGUUGGAGACAAGGCUGCGCUAUGGACGGACGGUCGGUACCACUGUCAGGCAUGUCUCGCCUCCAGGGAACUUGACUCCAACUGGAUCCUAAUGCGCGAGGGUCUUCCUGAUGUGCCAACGAUACCCUCCUGGCUCUCCCAGGUAACACCACCGUCUGGCUGCAUUGGGUUUGACCCUCAUCAGUUGCCUUUAAGCACUGUAAGAGCUAUUCAACGCGAGUUAGAUGUCUCCAGCACUGAAGCAUCUUCACGUCGUUCCCUCGUACCUCUCGAAGACAUGAAUCUAGUGGAUCUUGUGUGGCAGGAAAGACCUUCCCGACAGAGCAAUCCCAUUCGUGUAGUCCCAGUGGAGUCAUUCGCGGGACAAUCAUGGGAGCAGAAGUUGAGUAUCCUUCGGGAACGGUUGAAGUCGAAGGGUGCCAGUGCUCUCGUCAUCUUCCAAAUGGACGAAAUUGCAUGGCUUUUCAACCUUCGUGGAUCGGAUAUUAAAUUCAAUCCCCUAUUCUUCUCUUACGCAGUCGUCACGAUGGACACUGUGCACUUAUUUGUGGAUUGGAAACGCGGCCCAAACUCGGUUGAUUUUGAAGAAUACCUUCGGUCACCCUCACAUCCGGUAGUGCUUCACCCUUACGAUGAAUUUUGUUCCUGGUUAACGACAGAUUCAUCGUGGUGCAGCGGCCGUGUUUGGCUUCCUAUCAUGUCAAGUUACUUUAUUGCGUGUGCUGUUCCAGAGGAUCAGCGUCUGUUUGAUUUUUCGCCUGUGGCAAGUUUAAAGGCAAUUAAAAACCCAACGGAAAUAGAGGGGAUGCGAAUCGCCAACCUCGUUGAUUCCUUAGCACUUUGUGAUUUCCUUGCCUGGCUUGACGAUGUGUCACAGGCCGGCAAAAUGGAUCCGACGGCUGUAACGCCUUGCGACGUGCCUGGGGUUAGUCCUCCCACGUCUCUGAACGAGGCAUCUCUUGCGGCCUAUCUUGACGCCAUUCGGCUUACUUCGGAUGGCUGUCACGGGCUUAGCUUCCCUACGAUUCCUGGAGCAGACUCAAACGGAGCUGUGAUUCAUUACAGUGUUAGUGAAAAUUCAGAAGGCUCGGAAGUAACUGCCAAUUCCCUAUUUUUGGUCGAUUCUGGAGGUCAAUAUGCCACUGGCACAACUGAUGUCACUCGAACUGUUCAUUUGGGGACGCCUUCGGAGGAACAAAUAACUGACUACACGCAAGUUCUGAAAGCUCAUGCGUGUCUUGCUAGCCUGACAUUUCCGGACAACACCGCAGGCACGAGGCUGGACGUUGUGUGCAGAGCCUCGAUGUGGCGCAGUCAGCGCGAUUACGCCCACGGAACGGGCCACGGGGUGGGCGCCAAUCUCUGUGUCCACGAGGGUCCUAUCGGCUUGUCCGGACGCCGAUCUCAAGCUUCCUUCGCCACGGGAAUCGGCGAACCCGGAAUUCGCAAAAACAUGAUAGUGACAAUUGAACCAGGCUAUUACUUGAACGACAAGUACGGUAUUCGUCUGGAGAACGUGGUGCUAGUUGUUGACUGUGCCAGUGGCUCUCGUGAAUCACCAGUUCCGUUCCUGGGCUUCGAGGCUCUCACCAUGGUUCCUUUCCAACGGCGACUCAUCGACCGAUCGGCUCUGUUGCCUGCAGAGCUCGCGUGGCUCAACGCCUACCACGCCACCGUACGCGAGCGUCUCCUUGGACAGCUAAAGGUGGAACAGCGGGCUGGCAGUCCUAGCGCCGCGCGAAAACGCACUCGGGACUGGAUCCUGCGCGAAACGGAGCCCUUGUGA